AUGUAUUCUCGACAAACUUCCAAGAGAAGUGUGCGGGCUGGAAGCGAUCGGACGGCAGCUGGUCAAGAAGUUGAACGUUGCGUAGAGGAGUUGCGCAGUCGUGUCGAGCAGAGUCGAGACGAGAAGAACGCGGAGCGAGAACUUGAGCAGCUGUUACAGCUCUACGACACUCUGAAGCAACGCACGCAAGAAGAUUCUGAUGUCUUUGAAGUCGCUUUCGGCAUUGCGCGCGUGUAUGACGACCAGCUGAAGGACAGCGCUACUGCAGUGCGAUACUAUGGAGAGGCACUUGCAGUGUUAGAAGCCAUCUCAUCAGAAGCAACGGCCUGGAGCGCGUACAUGCGCGUGACUACACUCGGAGCCUUUGCACUGUGUCACGAGAACCUUGGACAGCAUGAGGAGGCUGAGACGUACUUCAACGACGCUAUCGGUACAUACAAUGAGCACUGCGAUCGAGCUGGCGCCUCAGGCGACAGCGAGGAGAAAGCGUCUGACGCGGAUAAUUCGCUCCUCGUAGACCUCAACGCCACGGCUGCUAUGAUUCACUACCACUUUGCUGGCAACUUGCUUGCUCAAGAGCGCUGGGAUGAAGCCAGAACUGUUACUGAGAUUGCACUCGUGCUGGCAGAAAACUCUGAAAUGCCUUUGGAAGAGCUGGAAGAACUGCAGCAUCACGUCCAUGAAUUGUGGCUAGAAAUGGAAUAA